AUGAGAUGCUAUUCAUCAGAGUCUUCAACAAGCGAGCUGGUGGCUUAUUGGUCAGUAUUAAAGUCGAAGUACAAGGGUGUUCCGUGUCAAUACAAACCAAAAGAUAUCGUCGAGGAUUUGCAGAAAGAUCUUGGGUCAUGCGAAGGGCACAAGAAGGAAGGAAUUAAAUCUCUUGGAGAAGAGCAGUCUACGCGGAAGUGUGGGAAAUGUGGUGCAACUGGUCAUUACUGUAAAACCUACAAGAACCGUAUUACUCUUCAUAUCAAUUCCGAAAGUGAGUGUGCUACCUCGAACUGA